AUGGCUCCCUCGGGCAAGACUGGAAUCAAAACUGUACUCUGUCUGUUUCUGGCAGCUGUCCCUGCAUGGAGCAGCCCAAUUGUGCAAAUAGCUGCGCCGGUCUUCACAUUCGAGAGAUCGGUGUCCUUCGAUAAUCCACUGAAGCGGGCUGUUGAUCAGACGCCUCCGCCUCCUCCAAAUACUUGUCCCGCCCAUGAGCAGCCCAUCUUUAUCACCCAUAACAACGAGGAGUUCACAGUCGAUAUCAACUGGAUGAACAACCACGGCAUGGCCGGAUACUUCACAGUUCGUGUCGACCCGUUGAGAGUUACUGCAGAAGAAGUUGGCUCUGAGGCGACCGCCCGAGGCGUACGAAUUUCACCACCUUUCCAGGUCCAUGCCAGGAGAGCUGGUCCUCCUGCAGGAGUCCAUGCUGGUCCGAACGAUCGCUUCGUUGAGCUGGAACUCGACUCCAACAGCGCUACCACGCCGAAUAUGGCCAAUCAUGGACUGGACUACCACUGGGGAGGGAUCUGGCCAAGAGUGACUAUGAGGAUCACGCAGGAGAGCUAUCGUGGCAGAUUGCAUGAGUUUUGGAGAAUCCAGUGGAACACGCUCAUCCGUGGUGCUAUCGCUGUCUUCUUGGUUCACACAGCGGGCCACCCUGGCUGCGGUUGA